GCCAAAAACUCAAAUGAGUUUCUUCGAGGAAGAAUGUAAUAUUGUGUCACUGUGAUUUCGAUACUCUUUUCUAUUGAGUAACUCUGAUUGGCAUUAAAUAUUAUUUUUGUGACAUUAUUUGUAAAAUUUCAUUGAUAAAUUUCAAUUAAUCCUUAUUUAGGGUAUUUGAUUUUUUGUCUUUCUGUUUGACAUUUUCAAAUGGAACACGAAAAUCAGAUCUUUGAGCUAUUUGUUGGCUAUUCUUUGUACGAUAAUGUUUUAAAUCAGAUGAAAGCCAACUCAUCUGUGACUCUAAUCAAAGGGAUAAAUAAAACAAUCUUGUUUGAUACACUUACCGCCUGGGACAGCGAACUUCUUCUAAAUGAAUUAAAACGACAUCAUGUUGAACCAGACAAUAUUGAUUACGUUAUUUGCUCUCAUGGACAUGCUGAUCAUGUUGGGAAUCUCAACUUAUUUUUAAACGCUUUUCAUUUUGUGGGAACCUGCAAGUCCCAUAGGAACAUUUAUUACUCAAUUGAUUUUGACAAAGGACCAUACGUCAUUGACGAUGGCAUCGAAGUAAUAGCAACACCAGGACAUACUUCAACAUGCGCGUCUCUCAUCGUUAGAAACACAAAUCUUGAAAAUAAUUCAUCAGUGGCAAUUGUUGGUGAUUUAUUUGAGAAAGAAGAAGACAUUUUCAAUGAAAGUCUCUGGCUUGGAGCUGGAAGUGAAUAUUUUAAAUUACAAAGACAAAAUCGUUUGAAAGUUGCUGAAAUGGUCGAUCACAUUAUACCAGGACAUGGACCAAUGUUUAAAUAUAUAAAUCAAUCGAAUGUCAGCCAAGUUACAAGUUCUACAUUUUAUUAUGUUUGCAAUCGCAUAAAAGCAGCAAUAUUCAGAGUUUUGAAUUUAGUUUUGAAAAUGAAAUCUUUGAGUUAUCAUCCAUUCAUUUUCUUUGCAUUAUUUUCUGCUGUUUACAGUGACGAUUUUAUUUGUAACACGACCGGACAUUUUCCGUUUUUCGUCGAAAUUCAUAAAAAUGACGAGUUAUUGUGCUAUGGAACUCUAGUGCAUCGUCAAUGGAUUGUUACAUCAUAUCAAUGUGUGAAUUUUAUCAAAGGAAACAACUUGGCAAUUGUGAAAUCACAGGAUCAGAAUCAAACGAUUACCCACAUUUUCGAUGAUUUUCCAACUUUUAAUGAGCGUAAAAUUUCAUUAAUUCGCGUCACAACAAACUUUAUAAAAACGAAUUUUACAAAUUUCAUCCCGAUUUCACCUGACAUAUUAAGUGAUUAUUCGCUAGUUCAAGUUGUUGGAAGCGGUAAUAAAACUUUGCACGAUGUAAAGUUUGAUUAUUUCAUUAACAUGGGUAGAGAUGAUAACUUCUGGAAUCGAUAUCCUUUGUUCAAACUGAAACCUUUGAGGAAAGGCUCUACUUACUUUGUUGGCUCACCUGUGAUAAGUGAAAAUAAAUUAUAUGGAAUUGCAACUGACUCUCAAAGUUCUGAGUCGAGAAAUGACGGAUAUUUUGCAGAUUUAAGUGUAGCACAUGAUUGGAUUUAUCAAACAAUCAACAGAUUUCCAAAUAAUCAUGGUAAAUUGUCCAACGAUGUCGAAGAUACUUCUACAACUUCAGAAUUAUUUUAAAUUUUCACAGUAGCAUAAAUAUGAAAUGUAUGUUGUUACAUGAUAGCAUAAAUAAUAAAUAAAAACAUAUUAAAAGUAUUGAUAGAAAGUAAUAAAAUGCAUUAAACAUUUUUUCUUUUUAUUCAUGUCGAAUAAUGUACAUCAAAAAUUC